AUUGCUCCUGUUAAAGGUGUGAGAGAUGGUUGCGAUGCUGAUGUCUCCAAGGAACUUAGUCCAGCUGGUGAAAACAUAUCCCCAACAACAUUGUUACUAUUCCCGUGCGCUGCAACAGGUCCAGAUUGAGUUCGCUGUGGUAUAUGGGAAGGGACAACAUGAACUUGUUGUGUCACACCAUAAGCGUAAGGAGUUUGCGAGCUUGCUGAGGUGGCAGAACCUGGUUGGUGAGGAAAACUCUCACUUGGUGGGUGUGAAGAUACACCAGGAGUAUAUUGUGGAGGUUGAGAGGUUGCUGGACCUGCAUAGCCUGGCUGUUGCGUGA